AUGGGGGCGUUUCCCUUCGUGAUUUCUUCAGGCCUGAUGUGCCCUCUAAAAGAGCACCAGUUCCAGCCAGGCACGACGGUCCAUGCCAGGGAGUCCCUCCCGGCCUCCCCGACGUGGGCUCAGCGUGAGUUCCUGCUCCCCGCCGAGUCCUGGGCGCUCCCUGGCUUCACCCCGCGCGUCUACCACCAGCUGGCCCUGAAGCUGCCCCCCAGCACAGACCUGAAGUCCAAGGUGCGCCAGAGGCUUCUCCGCCAGUGGAAGGGCACCGCCCAGCACACCUGGGGUUUCCACACGUGGCUCGACGUGGGGCGCCUGCCGGCCACCUUCCCCAAGCACCCGAACAGGCCCUACGACAGCAACGUCUGGCGCUGGCUGACCGACCCCCGUGCCCACGGCCGUCCCCCAGCGGAGCCCCCGGUGCCCCCACCCUCCCGGCUGGGGCAGAACAACUUCCUGGCUUUCAUCGGCUGCAGCCCCAUCUUCGUGGACACAGACAGGAAGAACCAGGUGCUCCUCAGGUUGGCGGAGGAGCUGAAGGCAGGGGAGAAGCUCAGGCUGCGGAGUGAGGCCAGGGCUCCUCCGCUCGACGCCCACGGCCGCAUCUUGCCCCCCGCGAGCUUCAGGAAGUAUCGGCACAUGUCAGCUGGUAGGAGGUUUGAUCCCCCGGACCUGCAGCUCAUGCCCAACCCGCUUCCCAACCAUUUCGCCAGGCGCUUGCCCUGCCCGAACCCUCUGCCCCAUUACCAGGAGAAGGCGCUGAAGCUGGCCAUGCUGCCCCAAGCUCGCUCAGGAAAUUGGCGACUGACGCGGUGGCUCCUGCACUUUAUUUAUUUAUUUCCUCUUUUCCUCCCGCCGAGACCCUUCUGCUGGAAGAGGAGCUGCAGCCAGGGCCAGAGGCAGGCAGGAGGAAGCAGAGGGGACCUCGGAGAGGGCCCCCCGAGCCCCCGCCCGGCUAUGAGCACCCAGCAGGAGGCCUGGCGAGAUGAGGGAAAAACCAGGGGCAGGGGACAGGAGGCAGAGCUCCAGGACCGAGCCCACCUGGGCCAGCAGAGGCGGCUCAAGCAGGCCACCCAGUUCCUGCACAAGGACUCGGCCGACCUGCUCCCGCUGGACAGCCUCAAGCGGCUGGGCACCUCCAAGGACUUGCAGCCACACAGCGUGAUCCAGAGACGCCUGAUGGAGGGAAACCAGAACUGGCCGCCGGGGGAGUCUCCCUGGGCGCAGGCCCUGGCACACGGCCCGGAGGGCGGGAGGAAGGCCAGCAGGACCGAGAUCCCAGCUCUUCUGGUCCACUGCAAGUGCCGGGACCAGCUGCUUAGAGUGGCCGUGGACACAGGCACCCAGUACAAUCGGAUCUCCGCUGGAUGCCUCAGCCGCCUGGGGUUAGGGAAGAGGGUCCUAAAAGCCCCAGUGGGGGACCUGGCGCCGGGAUCCCCGGCCCAAGUGGAACAGCUAGAGCUACAGCUGGGGCAGGAGACGGUGGCAUGCUCGGCCCGGGUGGUGGAUGCUGAGAGUCCCGAGUUCUGUCUGGGCCUGCAGACGCUGCUCUCUCUCAAGUGCUGCAUCGACCUGGAGCGUGGAGUGCUGAGACUGACGGCCCCGUUCUCGGAGCUGCCCUUCCUGCCUUUGCACCAAGAGCCUGGCCAGUGACCGCUGUCCCAGUCAGUCCCCAGGGGGAGAGACCUUGCCUUGGGGGCAGGGCUGUUGGGGCAUGAGGGCUCCCGGAGCCAGCUAGCUGGGGACUACUGUGUCCGGCCCUCUCAUCACCACCCCAGCCAGCUGGCCGGCCACAUUCCUCCCCGCCUCUCGGCCUGUCCCACCGCCGUGAGGAAUUUUUGCCAGAGGCCCGUGAUUCCAGGCCCUGACUUCCCUGUUCCUUCUCAUUCCUCUCCCAAGAAGAGCAAAGCCAAGUCAGGAUGGCAGAAAGGGACCUGAGCAAGUGGCUGCCUGCAUGGCCCUCGGCACGGCAGGGACCGGCCUGAGUCAAAGGCUGCGGCCAACCGCCGGCCCCGCCCGCCACCGGCUCCACCCUGAGCCCUGCUCACUGGUCCGCACCACCGUGUCUCUCCUCUCACCUUCUGGGGCUCACCAGCUGGGCCCCUGGACCCUCUGAUGUCUGCCUCUUCAGCAGAGAAAGUGAGUGAGCACAGGAAUGUCCGGCUCCCCAGGCCGAGCGCUUUCAUUCGUAACCUUUUCUUGGGCUGAAAAUAUUUGAAGCCAGCUGUUGUUUGAUGACACUGUGCAAAUCCCUC